AUGCCGUCCAAAACUUCGAAAUACGUAUACCACGGUCACAGCAAAAUAAUUUCUGGUGUAAUUGCAGUUUUAGAAACUACCAAUAAACCACUUUCUUUGCAAGAGUUGGUUGAUGAAAUGACUAGGCGGCAAUUAGUGGUUUUUCACGGCGCAACACCAAGAAACACUGUCAGUGGUGAAAUCAGCAAGCUUCUCAAUGCAGUAGGUCCAAACAAUGCGCCCAUCCUGAAAGUUAACCAGGGUAAACUUACCAAAUUCUUUUUGAGGCCGCGUAACCAACAAGAUGCACUAAGACAGGUGUCGAGUGGGAAAAUCCAAAAACGACACUCUACUCGUUCCACACGUAAUAAUCAUCAUUCUCAAACGAUGGACAUGACCUCCUCAGAGACCGAAGAGCGCGUUCAUGAGCAAAAGAAACGUCGCCAGAUGGAAGAUCUCAAGGCUGCUUAUCUACUUUCCUGUCUCUCGGCACAUUCGUUCUGGCUAAACUUUAAGAAUGAACCUGAAAAGGAUUUUAAAUAUUUCUUAGAAGCCCAUGUUGGCGAGACAACUUUGAUUUCGAGUGGUGUUACCGAAAACGAUGUUGACCUUAAGAAUGUGUCGAUAGAAAUAGAUUCAUGUAUGACAAAAUACUGA